GGUGGCGCGGCCGGAGCGGGACGCGGCGCCAGUGGCACUGUUUGUGUUCCAGCUUGUGUCCAUCACUCCUUGUCCUAUCACUAUAGAAAGAAGACUGGCCCCAUCCUCCUGACAGCCACCUGUAGUGAUUGAGCCUCCUUCACAGCCUCCCAGUGAAGGCCCAGGAUGCAGGCAGACUCCAUUCUCCACAGUGGGUACUUCCACCCGCUGCUGCGCUCCUGGCAGUGCACAGCCACCGCCUUCGACGCCUCCAACCUCAUCUACCCCAUCUUUGUGACCGACAGCCCUGAUGCCGUGGAGCCCAUCUCCAGCCUCCCUGGACAAGCCAGGUACGGAGUCAACCAGCUGGAGGGGAUGCUGCGUCCCCUGGUCGAGGACGGCCUGAGGUGUGUGCUCAUCUUCGGGGUGCCCAGCAAGGUGCUCAAGGAUGAGAGAGGCUCUGCUGCAGAUGCAGAGGACACACCUGCCAUCCAGGCCAUCAAGAAGAUCUGCUGCACCUUCCCAGAGCUGCUGGUGGCCUGUGACGUGUGCCUGUGCCCUUACACGUCCCACGGGCACUGUGGCAUCCUGCGAGAAGACGGCACCAUCCAGAACGAGAUGAGCUGCCUGAGGCUGGCAGAGGUGGCACUGGCCUAUGCCAAGGCAGGCUGCCACAUCGUGGCUCCCUCAGACAUGAUGGACGGGCGCGUUGCGGCCAUCAAGGCAGCGCUCAUCUCCAACGACCUGGGCAACAAGGUCUCAGUGAUGAGCUACAGUGCCAAGUUUGCCUCGUGCUUCUAUGGCCCCUUCAGGGACGCCGCGCUGUCCAAACCCGCCUUUGGGGACAGGAGAUGCUACCAGCUGCCGCCGGGCGCCCGCGGGCUGGCGAUGCGCGCCGUGGACCGGGACGUGCGUGAGGGAGCCGACGUGCUGAUGGUGAAGCCGGGGAUGCCUUACCUGGACCUUGUGAGGGAUGUCAAGGCCCGGCACCCCACGCACCCGCUGGCCGUCUACCACGUCUCGGGGGAGUUCGCCAUGCUGUGGCACGGGGCUCAGGCCGGCGCCUUCAGCCUGGAGGCGGCCGUCAGGGAGGCGGUGACGGCCUUCAGGCGCGCAGGCGCCGACGCCAUCAUCACGUACUUCGCGCCGCAGCUGCUGCGCUGGCUGCGUGAGGAGGCGGCGGCGGGACGGGCCUGAGCGCGGGGCGGCCUCGGCCGGCCGGUCCCGGGCCGCUGCAGGUGGGUGCCCGGCCGUCCGCGUCCUUCCCCCGGCCCCUCCCCGCACGCCGCAGCCCGGGCCCGCGGGGCUUUGCCCGCUCCC